AUCACUUGAGAAAUGAUAUGAUACAAAAUACCAAGAAGAAAUUAAUGAGAAAUAACUCACAAGACAAAAUAGUUUCGAAUGCGCAGCCAACACGAGGGAGGUGUAGGGAAAGAUCCAAAAUAGGGAUCCUGGUAUUUUUUCGUGACGUGGGCUGCAAAUAUCAACCACCAUGUCACACUACAAUUUCAAAAAGAUCACAACGGUCCCUCCGUCAAAGGACUUCAUCAAUAUAAUGUUGUCUAAGACACAACGCAAGACUCCAACUGUCGUUCACAAGCGUUUUAAGAUCAGCAGAAUUCGUCGUUUCUAUAUGAGGAAAGUCAAGUAUACACAACAGACCAUUCAUGACAAAUUGACUGCCAUCCUGACUGAAUUCCCAAAGCUUGAGGAUCUUCAUCCAUUCUAUGCAGAUUUGCUAAACACCUUGUACAACAAGGACCAUUAUAAAUUGUCUCUGGGACAGCUGAAUGUUGCCAGACAUCUUGUUGACAAAGUAGCGAGUGACUACACCAAGUUGCUCAAAUACGGUGACUCACUGUACAGAUGUAAGCAGUUGAAGAGGGCUGCAUUGGGUCGUAUGGUGACCAUCAUGAAGAAGCAAGGACCACCCCUGAAGUAUCUCGAGGAUGUCCGUCAGCAUCUCUCUAGGUUACCAUCAAUUGAUCCCAACACUCGCACACUUCUGCUCUGUGGAUGCCCCAAUGCCGGCAAGUCUUCAUUUAUCAACUUGAUCACACGGGCUGAUGUUGAAGUUCAGCCAUAUGCUUUCACCACAAAGUCCCUGUAUGUGGGUCAUACUGACUAUGAAUAUCUAAGAUGGCAGGUGAUUGAUACUCCUGGUGUGUUAGAUCGACCUUUUGAUGAGAUGAACACAAUUGAGUUGCAGGCCAUUACAGCACUUGCACACAUACGUGCCGCUGUCAUUUUCUUUUUGGAUGUGUCAGAAAUGUGCGAUAUGGAAAUAGGACAACAGCUUAAAAUUUUUGAGAGUAUUAAGCCUCUCUUUGUGAAUAAGCCGUUGAUUGUGGCCUGUAACAAGACAGAUGUUAUUACCCUGCAAGAACUCAAAGAAAAGUCUCCAGAGAAAUUUAAUCUAAUAUCUGCACUAGAAGAAGAAAAAAUUCCAAUUUUGGAAAUGUCCACCCUAACACAGGAUGGAGUCAUGGAAGUGAAGAAAGAGGCUUGUGACCGUCUCUUAGCUCAGCGUGUUGACUUGAAGAUGCGCACAAAGAAAGCUGACUCUAUAUUAAAUCGGGUUCAUGUUGCAAUGCCAGCUCUGAGAGACAGAAAACGAAGAGCUCCCUAUAUUCCAGAACAAGUAAAGAAGAUCAAGUUAAUAGAGGAGGAAGGUAUGGCACCUUCCAAGAGACUGGAGAGGCACUUGGAGGAGGAGCUGAUGGAUGACUACAGCUUGGACCUCAACAAGAACAAAGACCUGGCAGACGAGGAAUGGAAGUACGACAAAAUUCCACACUUUUGGAACGGACACAACAUUGCAGAUUUCAUUGACCCUGACAUAGAGAAGAAAUUAGCAAAACUGCUACUAUGAAUUAGACUAUUAUGAAUCAGAUGAUGAAAUGAAGGAAGUACAUAGUCUCGCUCGAAAGAUCAGAGAGAAGAUUGUCAUCAACAGAAUUAACCACAAUGUUGACAAACCCAGGAAAGGAAAUGCAGUGGUACCACGUGCUUCAAGGCCACGUGAGAGGUCUGUGACCAAGUUAAAGGCAAAGUUCACAGAAUUGGGAGUAGAUAUGACUGAGACCGAGGGUUGCAACUUCACACGCACAAGCAGCCUCUCAAGACCAGCACCCAAGAAGUUCCGCAGUGCUUCAGCAACUCCUCGGCCUAGAUCUCUUUCCACACCACGUGACGAGUUAGGAGUAAAGACACCACAGGAGGCUGACAAGAUCAAGAAACGCAUAAGGAAAGCAGUACACAGGAGUAAGAACUCUGUCAAGGGAGAAUCUGAUCGCCACAUCUUCGACUUAAAACCCAAACAUCUCUUGGCCGGGAAGGGUAGCCUUGGCUCUUCAAAUAAGAGAUAAGCUGAUAAAGCUUUGUCUGACAUUAAACUUUUGUCAUGAAUUAAUUGAAACUUUUGC